AUGUAUAUAUGCUCCGUUGCAGUUACAAUCUCGUUCGAGCAAUCGAAAUUGCUGUUGCCAGCUUCGGUUGCGAGUUUCGCGAGGAUUUCCAUCUUGUCCUCUCACACUCCACUGUUCUUGGGCAUAAGGGUAAUUGAUUUUGGAAUCCUCAUCUCAUCUCGGCUUUCUUUCACCGUCUCUUCGAUCCUACUCUCUAUGAAAUUGAACCCCGCGCCCUUCCGGUAUCGAUAAAUUUUAAUGUCUGCUUUUGGUGAGGACACCCCGAAUGUUGGUGAUAGAGAUCGCCAUGGUUGCCGAGGGGGUGAUGGCAAUAAUGAUGACGACGAUGACGACGAUGCUGGGAAACCUGCCAAGGAUGAGGACGGAAAGAAGGGGCACGCGAAACAUGGAUUUGGAAAAGAUAUUGGAAAGGCGAAGCAAGUGGUCCUGCAUCAAUUCUCGAAAGCCAAGAAACAACUCCACAAUCGAAGGCACAAAAGAGCGCUUCGUACAUCUUCUGGGUCCGGAGCUGCUAUUGUAAGUAGAGCUUCAGAUGGUGAAAGAACAGCAUCAAUCCUCCCUAUGUCCCAUUAUUGUCCAGUGCCUCGAAUGAUCCAAUAUCAUGCUUUGAAACGCCGAAAAAGCCUAGACGAGGACCUUCUGGCAAAUAGGCACCUGUUCCAGAUGGAGGAGAGACAGAAACUACAGAAUCAUCAACAGCAAGAGGGGCAUUUCACGUUGGCAGUGGAUCGGUAAGUGCUGCAAAAUGGAAAUAGUGGGUGUGAAGGUUACAUUUAUGACUAUCAAGACGGAUGGAUCGUUAGGUUUAGUAGUUGAACGACGUACUCCCAACCAUUGCUGAACUUCUGGCCAUUCUGAAUGGUCCACAUAUAUUCUGGUCUAUGAAAAAUGUUAAUAUUUUGACUGAUUGUAUUGAGGCGGUAAACCUAUAAUUACGAGGGGUUCUGACUCUCUUUAUCCUUUUAAAGACAUUAUUAAGAAAACUAGAUUACUUGUUCAUAGGAACUAGUAUGUGUAGAUAAAUUACAGGAGUAGACAGUAUAUUAAAACUGCUGACCAUUUAAUUAGGUUAUCUCAUACUUUAGAUAGUAAUUUUUUUUUAUCUUUGAUCAGCCUCCACCUUAUAUUCAUGAGGUGGCAGUUGAUGAGGGGGUUGGCUUGUCAUGAUUUUGUAUUCGUGUCA